AUGUUUGUGGACGAGCGGAUCGUAACUCUGUUCAAAAGGAAUGCCCAUCACACGCUGACCUACUGGAGUGUUUUCUUCAGCUUUGGACUCUGCAUUGCUUUCCUUGGACCCACAAUUUUGGACUUGCAAUGCCAAACAAACUCAACACUUAGCCAGAUUACCUGGGUAUUCUUCUCCCAGCAGUUCUGCUUGUUGAUUGGCAGCUCUGUGGGUGGUGUUUUCAAGAGGACGUUGUUCAGUGCUCUAUCUGCCUUAUUUAUCUCCGCUCUCAUCAUCUCUAUAAUAUUUGCCAUCAUCCCUCUGUGCAAUAAUGUUCUCCUGCUCGCCAUCGCCAUGGCUGUGUCUGGAUUGGCGAUGGGCAUUAUUGACACCAUCGCUAACAUACAGCUGGUGACCAUCUAUCAGAAGGACUCUGCUGUUUUCUUACAGGCUCUUCAUUUCUUCAUUGGGUUCGGAGCCCUGGUGAGCCCACUGAUUGCAGAUCCUUUCCUCUCAGAGACAGGCUGUGGGAAUCACACAGGGAAUGGCACUGAGAUCAUGCAUCACUUCAGGAACAUGCUGAGAAACAGUCCGAUUGCAGAGCACAACAUCACUCAGAGCCACCUGCCCCAUGAGGGAGGGGAAGACGAGUCCAGUGUGCACUACGCCUUCUGGAUCAUGGCGCUUAUCAAUCUGCCCGUGCCCAUUGCAGUCCUGUUCCUGAUGUAUCGGGAGCAGCUGAUCCCAUGUUGCCCCAGCAGCAGUCCUCGUCUUUUGGACAAAGAUGAACUAGCAAUGGAGAACCAGCAGGGGGCUGAGGGCCCCGACGUGGAGCAGAAGGAACACGAAGCUGGAGGCCAUGGGGAUAUCUUUAGCUGCUGUCAGAAUGAUAACCUGCGCGGGCUGCCAAUAUCCUUCUUUAUGAUUCAUAUCCUCGGUGGGAUGGUGCUCUUCAUGACCGAUGGUAUUGUGGGUGCAUAUGCCGGCUUUGUGUACACCUACGGUGUGGCACCACCUCUGUCGUUGCCCCACAAGACAGCAGGCUACCUGGCAAGCAUCUUUUGGGCAGCAAUCACUGCUGGACGGCUGUUGUCCAUUCCCCUCUCGUACCGCUUCCAGCCUGUGAGACUGCUCAUGUUCAACAUUGCAGGCGCUAUUGUUACUGUGUUGAUGCUGCUUAUUUUCUACACCAGCAGCAUCUUUCUGUUUGUUGGGACCUGUCUGUGUGGCCUUUUCCUCAGCAGCAUAUUCCCCUGCAUGCUUGCCUAUACUGAAGACAUCCUUGAUUAUCAAGGAUGUGCAACAUCAGUUCUGGUGACAAGUGCAGGGAUGGGAGAGAUGGUAAUGCAGGUUCUGGUUGGCUCAAUUAUCCAGACUGAAGGCAGCUACAGCUUCCUGCUGUGUGGAAUGAUAAUCGCCUGCAUCGGUUUUAUCGUCUUUAUCGGUCUCCUGCUGUUCCAUCGAAUGCACAGAAAUUACCUCACAGGAACGACGAAAAAGUCAGCCAUGGUGGAGGAACCGGCAACGGAGCAGAAUGGAUCCGCCAGAACAGCACAGAAAGAGGAGAUUGAGAGCAGCUGA